UGGAUGGAAAGUUGACAGAAUGGGCAAACUGGGGAUUUUGUUCGAGCUCUUGUGGUGGAGGUACAAGGUUCAGGACACGACAAUGUUACUUUAAGCUUCAUGUUCCUCAUGGUGCUAACUGCACAGGCGCACUUCGAGACGAUGAGAUCUGUGGCGAUAGCCCGUGUCCAACUAUUGCAACAACAACAACUACAGAAGCACCAGUGGAUGGUCAUUGGUCGGCGUUCGGUCCAUGGAGUGACUGCACGGCCACGUGUGGCGGGGGAAGAAGAACUCAUUCUCGGAACUGUACUUACCCAGACGUUAGCCUCCAUGGUAAAUAUUGCCCAGGAUCUAAUGUGACGACACAAGUGUGUAACGACCAGCACUGUCCAGCACAACUGUACCAGAAUGCACAACAGUUUCCAAAUACGUGUAUUUAUCAUCUUAAACAGAGCAAAAAAUGCUUCAGUAAUAUACCGUAUGAUCACGGCGCUGACUGUGUUGGGGACUCAAAAGAGGAGGGCACUUGCUGGGCCGGUGAAUGUCCAGUGGACGGGGUGUGGUCGGACUGGGGUGCCUGGCACACAUGUUCCGUAUCCUGUGGAGGAGGUACACAAGAACGAACCAGAGUAUGCUCGUUUAAAAAAGGUUCACCUCAUGGUGCCAAUUGCACGGGCGAUACGCACGAGAGUCAGUCAUGUAGAACAGAUUAUUGUCCAGUGGAUGGAAACCUGACAGAAUGGUCAACAUGGACCCCAUGUCCGGUCACAUGUGGUGGCGGCACCCAGGCUCGAAACCGUACAGGGAAAGUACAUUUAACUAACUUGUACAUGAAGUUUGUUAUUGUAGUGGACGGUAUCUGGGCAAACUGGGGAUCAUGGGGCGCUUGUUCUGUAACAUGUGAUGGAGGCACUCAGAAUAGAAGGCGGAAGUGCAAGUAUGACAGGUCAGCUCCACGUGGUGCCAAAUGUGCGGGACAGAGAAACGAGGGACGUGCUUGUAACUCUAACAAAUGUCCAGUUGACGGUCAUUGGGCACCGUGGGCCAGUUGGUCUAGAUGUUCGAUGUCGUGUGAAAAUGGAACUCACACACGUGACCGAGAAUGCUUAUUCCUUCCUGAUACACCACAUGGUAACAACUGUACGGGGAACUACUCUGAUAUCGAAACAUGCAAUGCCGGGCCUUGUCCAGUUGACGGUACAUGGAGCGUGUGGUCAGAUUGGACAGAAUGCACGUUAACAUGUGGUAAUGGAACUAAAUUAAGAAACAGGUCAUGUGACUUUCCGGAUGGGGUACCUCAAGGCAAUAAUUGUUUAGGUGCAGUGUCGGAGACUGAUGUUUGUAACACGGACUUGUGUCCAAUUGAUGGCAAGCUUGAUUCAUGGGGAUCAUGGUCGGUAUGCAGUGCAACUUGUGGAGGCGGAAGUCAAAGCAGACAACGCGCAUGUAUAUUUGAUGACAAUGCUCCACCUGGCCUGAACUGCACCGGAAAUCUUAGCGAAUCUCAAGCAUGUAGUUCAGAAAGUUGCCCAGUUGACGGAGUGUGGUCAGAAUGGAGUAAUUUCACAGAUUGCACGGUGUCAUGUGGAAAUGGAACUCAGUUUCGCACGAGAAAAUGUGAAUAUAGGCCACUUGGGUCUCCACAAGGAAAUAAUUGCACUGGUUCUGACCUUGACACGGAGGUGUGUGGUACAGAUAAAUGCCCUGUUGAUGGCAAAUUUUCUGAAUGGACAGCUUGGACGGAAUGCUCGAAAUCUUGCGAGAAUGGAACACAAUCACAUAACAGAACAUGUGAUUUUGACAGCAGUGCUCCCAAAGGUCAAGAUUGUGCCGGUGAUCUGUAUGCCAUGAGAUCUUGCAAUGAAGAAAAUUGUCCAAUUAAUGGGCACUGGUCAACGUGGAGUAACUUCACCGAAUGCUCGGUAUCAUGCAGUGGAGGGACAAAGGAUCGAAACCGAACCUGUCUGUUUGACGACAAUGCGCCUCAUGGAUCAAAGUGCUUUGGUAACUCAACAGAUACCGACGAUUGUAAUACAGAACCUUGUCCAGUUGAUGGACAGUGGGGAGACUGGAACGCAUGGCAUAGCUGUGACAAAUCAUGUGGCGGUGGACACAAAGUCCGAGACCGAACGUGCCAGUUCCCGCCUGAUACUCCACAUGGUGAUAACUGUACGGUCGGCCCGGAACAGGAAAUCGCUGAAUGUAACCCACAAUCGUGCCCAGUGGACGGAAAAUUCAGUGAUUGGUCUGCAUGGACAAUUUGCUCGCACUCUUGUGGUGGCGGUGUCAAGUUUCAUACCCGUAAAUGUGUGUUUCCAAAUGGCGUGACACAUGGCCAAAACUGUAGUGGGGCGAAGUCAGAACAAAACACAUGUGGCACAGAAUUGUGCCCAGUUGACGGAGUAUGGUCAAACUGGGAAUCAUGGGAAACAUGUCCAGUCACAUGUGGCAGUGGUUCUCAGUCAAGAUACAGAAAUUGUACUUACAAAAUAGACAGCGCAAAUCCAGCACCAUAUGGAAACAACUGUACCGGGAGUGACGUUGAUACACAAACAUGCAACAAUAACACCUGUCCUGUUGAUGGCACGUGGACUGAAUGGGGUAACUUCACAGCAUGUUCUAAAACAUGUGGAUAUGGCGUUUCUACUAGAAAUAGAACGUGCGAGUAUCUGCCACCAGGUACACAGCAUGGUAAAAAUUGUACAGGAUUCCACUCCGAGUCGAAAUUCUGUAACACGGAUGUGUGUCCACAAGAUGCCGUGUGGGGUACCUGGGGAGAAUGGUCAAACUGCAGCGCCACUUGUGGCGGAGGAAACCAGACGCGUGAUCGUCAAUGUGAUUGGCCCACGAGCGUACACGGAAACACUUGUGUGGGUGACAAUUCUGAAUCCCAGGAGUGCAGCACAAACCUUUGCCCGGUUGAUGGAAUGUGGGCGGAAUGGGACAACUGGAGUGCAUGCAGUGCCACAUGUAACCUUGGAAGAAUGCAACGUGAAAGAAACUGCACGUAUGAUGACAAGGCUCCUCAUGGGGCUGUUUGUCCUGGCAAAAACCUUGAAGUCAAGUUUUGCAGAGAUGGACUUUGUGCAGUUGAUGGUGUAUGGUCAUCGUGGACCAAUUGGGGCGCAUGCUCAGUAACCUGUGGAGACGGAGGCACUCAAAUGAGGAAAAGAAUUUGUGCUUUCCCUAUACCCGGUGCUCCUCAUGGCAAAAACUGCACGGGAGAUACCUCCGAUUCUAAAACAUGUGGAGAUGAAAAUAAAAACAACACUCUUUGUGCAGUUGAUGCAACAUGGGGUCCUUGGGGUGGGUGGUCAGCGUGUUCCGUCAGUUGCGGUAAUGGAGACGAGCUUAGGACACGCACGUGCGUGUAUGACCCAGAUAGACCGGUUGGUCUAGAUUGUCCAGUUGGAGGAGAAAAUAUGACCCAGGCUUGCAGCAACCUUGCUUGUGCAGUUGAUGGUGUAUGGCUGACGUGGUCUACGUGGACAGCCUGUACAGCCUCGUGCGGAGGGGGUACAGAGAGGCGUCAUCGAGAAUGUCACUUCCAGCAGCACGUGCCGCAGGGUGAUUAUUGUAAAGGGCAAUCUAUAGAACAGACGACAUGUGGUACUGACGCAUGCGAAGUUGACGGUGUUUUCACGGAGUGGGGGAAAUGGUCGAAAUGCUCGGUUACAUGUGGCGGUGGCCAGCAGACGAGGAAUCGCACGUGCGAGUUUACCCCGCCCGACGCGCCAGUAGGCAAGAACUGCACAGGGCCUUAUGAUGAUACCCAGUCAUGCAGUGACAACUCUUGCGCUUUACCAACAACGACUACAACCGGCCCACCUACAACAACAACACCUCUACCAACCGUGCCGAGAAGCUGUUUCCUGUGUCAAGGACCACCUCAAAUAUGUGAAAAGGUGAAUUUUCCAGCAGAUUGUCCGCUUGAGAAACAGUAUUGUAUAAAUACACUCACAAACUUCCAGAAUGCAUCAAGACUUGUUGAAAUGAAAUGUGGAACGAGAGCUGACUGUCAGAAAGGAUGGUUUGAGAGAUACUCCUCCGACGACAAGUGCACAAGUUUCGACCAGGCUUUUAUCUACACGAACCGGUUUGACUGUGAAUUCUGUUGUGCCUCUGAUAAUUGUAAUCAAUUUGUUAAUCCACCAAAUAAAUGGCAUCCAUAAAA